AUGAACUGCACCCCUAACACCACCAUCACUCCGCAGCUGGAACUGCUCCUGAGCCCACAGGCUGAAGACGGAGGCUCCCAGGACAGUGGUGGCGGUGCUGGAGGCGGCGGGAAACUGUGGGCGAUGACCCUGCUUGGCGCCACGCUGAUAAUCAUGUUCGUGAUGGGUGUGGCCGGCAACACGUACACGCUCAUCAUCACGCGCUCAGCCGCUCUGCGCCGGACGGGCUCCAUGUACGUGUACAUCGUGAACCUGGCUCUGGCGGACCUGCUCUACCUCUCCACCAUCCCCUUCGUGGUCUGCACCUACUUCGUCCACGACUGGCUGUUCGGCGACGCGGGCUGUCGCAUCCUGCUCAGUCUCGAUCUCCUCACCAUGCACGCCAGCGUCUUCACCUUGGUCGCCAUGAGCCUGGAGCGGUAUCGUGCGGUGGCCAGGCCCUUCAGCGCGCACAGGAACUCGACCCGCAAGCGGCGGCUAACGGCGGGAAUCAUCUGGGGUUUGGCCUUCGUGCUGACGCUUCCCAUGAUGGUGAUGAUCCGACUCAGCGAGGGCAGACCCAGCGCGGCAGGUUCGAGUAAGAGGAUCUGCUUCCCGACGUGGACCCACGAGGCCUUCAAGGCUUAUAUCACCGUCCUCUUCUGCACCAGCGUUUUGGUGCCUGGAUUGGUUAUCGUCGGGUUGUAUGUCGGGCUAGCCCGGCGCUACUGGGCCGCGCAGGCUAGCUUGGGAGGAAGCAGCCGCUCCGCUGUGCGGAAAGGCCUGAAACAAAAAGUCGUGACCAUGAUCUUCAGCAUCGUGGCGGCUUACUGGGCCUGUUUCUUACCUUUCUGGGGAUGGCAGCUGGCCAAACUGUUCUCUGCAGAGUCCCUCCGAGCUCUGUCUCCAGCUGCUCAUAACUACGUGAACUUCUUCGUCACGUGUCUGACCUACGGGAACAGCUGUAUAAAUCCAUUUCUCUACACUCUCCUGACCCGGAACUAUAAAGAUUACCUGGCCCAGAAGGGUCAUUCUGCGGGGUCGAGCAGGGCCGACCCCUGUUCAGCUGUGACCACGCCCCUGCAGGACAUUUAG